UUUCGUUUUGCCAGGUCUGAGGUUUGUUAGCCAUAUUGAGAAAUUAAUUGCAAAAUCAAACUACACAAGUAGACCGAAUAGUGCUGAGAAUAUUUUAAAACAUGUCGUAUCAACUAUACAGGAACACUACACUUGGAAAUACCUUGCAAGAAAGUCUUGAUGAACUUAUUCAGUAUGGACAUAUUACACCGACGUUGGCAUUCAAGGUACUUUUGCAAUUUGACAAAUGCAUCAACACUGCUCUUAAUCAACGUGUUAAGGCUCGCGUUACCUUCAAGGCGAACAAAUUAAAUACCUACCGGUUCUGCGACAAUGUGUGGACGCUUAUGCUAAAUGAAGUUGAAUUCCGGGAAGUGCAUGAAUUUGCUAAAGUGGAUAAAGUGAAAAUUGUAGCAUGCGAUGGCAAAAGUGGCGAGUUCAACGGAUAAUGUAUUAACACUCACAGUAUAAGAAGACAACGCUGGGGAUUGCAGUACCGAUGGAGAAGAGAAAUAUGCUGAAAUAGUAGAAUAGGCGCAUCAUCAUAUCGUUUGAUAUGAGACUUCGGGUGGGAGACACAUUUAAUAAUAGUGGUAAACUAAUUUAUAAAAAGAAUACUUGCAAAUAUAAACACUAAUAAAAAUAUUUUUAUGGUAAAACGUA